AUGGCAGCGACGACGGCGACGAACCGGCGGGUGAUCCUCAAGGAGUACGUGGAGGGGUACCCUCGCGAGGAGCACAUGGAGCUGCUCCGGGGCGCCGAGGUGCCUCUCCGCCUGACGGGGACCGAGCCGGCCGGGUCCGUCCUCGUCCGGAACCUCUACCUCUCCUGCGACCCCUACAUGCGGCCCAAGAUGUCGCGCCCACUGCGGGAGUCGUACACGGCCGCGUUCGUCCCGGGCGACGCCAUCACGGGCUACGGCGUCGCGCGCGUGCUCGACUCCUCCGACCCGCGCCUCGCGCCCGGGGACCUCGUCUGGGGCAUCACCGGCUGGGAGGACUACAGCGUCGUGACGCCGCCCGUCACCAAGUUCCUCGCCAAGAUCUCCCACCACGGCGGCGGCGGCGUGCCGCUGUCCUACUACACCGGCAUCCUCGGCAUGCCGGGGCUCACGGCCUACGUGGGCUUCCACGAGAUCUGCGCACCGAAGAAGGGCGAGACGGUGUUCGUAUCCGCGGCCUCCGGCGCCGUCGGCCAGCUGGUGGGCCAGUUCGCGCGGCUCGCCGGCUGCCACGUCGUCGGCAGCGCCGGGUCGAAGGAGAAAGUCGAGCUCCUGAAGACCAAGUUCGGCUUCCACGACGCCUUCAACUACAAGGAGGAGCCCGACCUCGGCGCCGCGCUGAAGCGCUGCUUCCCGGACGGCAUCGACAUCUACUUCGAGAACGUCGGGGGCGCCAUGCUCGACGCCGUCCUGCUUAACAUGCGCGUGCACGGCCGGAUCGCCGUCUGCGGCCUCAUCUCGCAGUACAACCUGGCGGACGGGGAGAAGGACGCCGUGCGCAACCUCGGCGCCGUCAUCGCCAAGCGCCUCCGCCUGCAGGGGUUCAUCGAGCCCGACCACAAGCACCUGUACCCGCAGUACGAGGCGUGGGUGCUGCCCUACAUCAGGGACGGCACGCUUGCCUACGUCGAGGACGUCGCCGAGGGGCUCGAGAGCGCUUCCAAGGCGCUCAUCGGACUCUUCCACGGACGCAACGUCGGAAAGCAGCUCGUCCGUGUCGCCGACGACGAGUCGUCGGCUUGA